CGUUUUGCCAGGCUCACACACAAACACCAGGAACUACCAGCUCUCCCUGCCAGACCUUCCCAAUGCCGUCCAGCUUCGUCCACCGCCAGUUCGCCGGAGCACGCCACCGCCUCACUCGAACUCUUCCAAAUCCCCCCAAACAGCACUCCCCUCCUCCAGCACCUUCUCCCUUCAUGCGCUCCACCAUCCACAAGAUCUCCACCAUCCUCCGCUCCCUCCCCUGGAAAGCCGCUCAGACCCAACUCCUCCUCCUCCCCGUCCGCUGGGAAUCCUUCACCGUCAACCGCGUUCUCAAAACUCAUCCUCCAAUGGAGAAGGCCUGGCUGUUCUUCAACUGGUCCGCUCUCCUCCCGGGCUUCAAACACGACCAUUUCACCUACACCACCAUGCUCGAUAUCUUUGGCGAAGCUGGCCGCAUCGAAUCGAUGCGGAAAGUCUUGAGGGAGAUGGAGGAGAAGGGGUUGAGGAUCGAUGCCGCAACGUAUACCUCUGUGAUGCAUUGGAUUGCGAAGGAUGGGGAUUUCGAGGGGGCUGUAGAGGUUUGGGAGGAGAUGAAGAGAAGGAGAGGGUGCAGGCCGACCGGGGUUUCGUACACUGCGUUUAUGAAGGUAUUGUUUGAUCAUGGGCGGCCGAGGGAGGCGGCUGGGGUUUAUAGGGAGAUGCUGGAUUUGGGGAUACGGCCGAAUUGUUUUACUUAUACUGUGAUGAUGGAGUAUCUUGCGGGUGCAGGUUUAUUUAAAGAGGCUUUCGAAAUAAUGAAGGAAAUGCAAGAAGCCGGAAUACUACCUGACAAAGCUACAUGCAACAUUCUCAUCCAAAAGUGUUCUAUUGCUCGAGAAACAAUGAUGGUUACUCAAAUUCUCAGUUACAUGAAAGAGAACUCCAUUGUUCUCCGUCGUCCUGUUUUCCUAGAAGCAAUGGAGGCUUUUAGGAAUUUUAGUGAGAUCAAUCAUCUUCUUCGAGAAGUAAAUCCUCAUCUUGCUCUCGAGGGUAUCGAGGAUGAUACUUUAAAGUCUGAACUAGCUUGCGAUGAUCCUAAUUUCCUUGUGGAUAGGAGCAUUAUCACUAAUUUUCUAGCUACAAAGAACUUAGUUGCCAUAGACCAUUUAUUGUGCCAGAUGAUUAAUAAAGAAACACAGAUGAAUUCUGAAGUUUUAUUCGCUAUCAUCUUAGCCAACUGCAAGAAUUCAAGGCCCGCUGGUGCAAUGCUUGCAUUUCAUUGCACCGUAAAAGGUAGCUGCAAACUCGAGAGAUCCGCAUAUAUCUCUUUGAUCGGCCUUCUAAUUAGAGCGAAUAUGCAUCAUAUGGUGUUGGAAAUUAUUGAAGAAAUGCUUUCUAUUGGCAUUAACUUUGGAACAUAUCUUCUGUGUCUAUUGAUUUACCAGCUUGGAUCUGCUGGGUUUCCUGAUUCUGCUGCGAAAAUUUUUAACGCUUUACAGGUGGACCACAAUAGUUCGACUUACACCGCUUUGAUGAAUGGUUUUUUUCAGGCUGGUGAAGUUGAUAAGUGUCUGCAGCUUUAUUCAAGAAUGAGAAAUGAAGGAAUUUCUGCUUCAUGUGGUACCUAUGAAGUUCUAAUAGCUGGGCUAGAAAGAGCUGGUAGGAUUCAUGAUGCAAACAUUUAUAGAAAGAAGAAAAGGACUUUGAAUUUACAUGAUUUUUCCCAACCUGUAAUUUCUACGGAUGAGAUUUUCUGUAAUCGUUUCUUCAGCUCAUCCAUAUUUUAGGUCUCAUCCCAUCACUGUCAACAGGUUGUCAUAGUUUUAAUAUUGUUAUGGAUAUGAUGGAAUCCGAAUUUGUUGGGAGAAAAAGUUACAGGUGUCGCUGCUUGACGAGGAGAAUGAAGAAUCUUACUCAUUUCAUACAUGCAUAAAUCAUAUUCAUCCACAAGAUUACGAGAAGAGAGAGAGAUUAGCGAAAUCAUGAGUGUCUGCUAAAUUUUGGGCGACUGGCUAUUUUGAUUGGCUAAUUUGGGGAUGGCCAAACAUGCAGAAGGUGUUACAAAUAACAGAUUUUGGUCGGGUUAAAAUGGCUCAGAUAUUAUGUUCCAUCUCUUGUUUUGAAUGGUACAUACCUUUCACCAGUUUGAUACAUUGAAGAUGGUUGACAUUUCCGUUCCAGGUUUUUAUCUUCAUCAGGCAAAAGAAUCCUUAUGAGAUGUGAAUGGAAAUCUGAUGAGUAAGCUGGAUUUCUUAGAGCAACAGGAAAUGUCAUGAAGCUGAUAGACAGCAUGUACUCCAGGCAUACCAGAAGAGUAUAACUAAUUAUAGUCAAAGUUGUGCUGCAAUUAACUGCAAGGUGGAUUCAUUGAUGAUCAGUGUUGACAGGUUGCUUAGGGGGAUUCUAAGUGGAAAAUAACUAUGCAUGAAGAGCUUAGGGCUCUCGAUAAAAUCCUAACAGGAGAGAUAGUGCGACAACCAACGGGGAGAAAGAAGAUUGAGUGCAAGUGGAUCUUCACAGUUAAACAAACUCCAUAAGGGAAGACAGAGCGGUACAGAGCACGACUGAUGGAAAAAUGGUAUAUACAUAGAUAUGAUUUUGACUAUGAUAAAAUCUUUGCAUUAGGAGCAAAGCUGAGUACAGUGAGAACACCGGUUUCUCUGACAGUGAAUGAUGGGUGGAGGUUACACCAACUUGAUGUGAAAAAUGCAUUUCUUCAUGGUUAGUUACUGGAGGAGGUAUAUAUGAAGAUAAUACUAUGAUUCAGUAUAGUCGAGACAAUUGGCAAGUAUGUAGGCUCAGGAAGUCACAGUUUGGUUUGAAGCAAUCUCCUCGAGCCUAGUUUGAUAAGUUUAAAAAAGACUACGAUGAACAUGUGAUAUCAACAAAUAAAUGCAGAUCAUAUCAUAUUCUUUCAAUAACAUGAAGCUCACAUCGCUAUGUUUGUUGUGUAUGUUGAUGACAUCAUUGUCGUCGGUGUACUAAUUAGUUUUUUUGGAGCUAUUAAUUCAUUAUAAUUACAUAUAAACCGCCUGAAACAUUGAUUUACAAUUUAAACACCCAGUUGAUUUUUUUGAACU